AUGGGGGAUGCCGGCGACGUUUCCAAGGAAUAUGCUGCGGGUUUCGCUGCUGGUAUCGCCACGGUCGUCACCGGCCACCCUUUCGACACUGUCAAGGUAGCCAGAUGCUCCUCUGUUGUGCGUCUCAUACCAAUCGCAAUUAUCCUAGGGAAACAAGCUGUCGUUCUUACCUAUAAUGCUCUUCUAUUAGUAUGCUGCUAGUGGCCAACGUGUUUGGAGGGGACUCCCAUCUCUUAAUUCCGGCCGAAGUGUGAUAUAUUUGUCAUGGCUGAUAGAUUGGCGUAGCCUUUCUUCCUAGAGUCUCCUAGUUUUCUUCGUGAUUGCCGUGUUUUCCGUAAAUGAGGCUUCAAUCCCAUUCUUCGCUUCAUUUAUGGAUAAUGAAGCGUGCCAUUUUUUCUACAAGUAUGAUAUCUGUGGCUCUGUGAGCUGAUUAGAUGCUGAUGAGCUUUCUUUCUUUUCUUCGGAUAGUUCAGUGAGAUGAAACCUCUCGUCAGGAGAUAAAACCCAAGGGUAUCUGUGUUUGUUGAUUUGAAGGGUCCUACGAAUGACCUUUUGUUUGAUUGGUCCCUCCCAUUAAGCCUCAAUGGUUUAUGAAUUAACAUUUUAAAUGACGAACAGAAAUUAAGUUAAAAACUUAUAGGAAGUUAUUCCGUGAGCAGCCUGGAGGGCCUGCAGUGAAACUGUUUAGAACUCUUUAGACUAAAGUGGGUGGAACUUUUGCGAUUUAAAAUUGCUUAAGACCUCAGCUGAAUUGUUGUCUUCCUUAACUGAUUCUCUUCGUUAAACUGUCCUCUGUCCUUCAAUUGUCUCACUUUUGCCCUAGGCCAAGUCCAUGUGUCUUGAAAUACAUCACGAACAGGAAUAAUAUUUAAAGACAAUAUUCUGGCAACUUGGCUAUUUUAGCAUAAACAUUACCUAUUGAUGAUCCUCGUUCGGCUACCUCACUAGGUAUUUUUUCUUUAUUUUUGAUUCUUUUUCAUGUUGCAGAAUGUUCUCAUUUGCCAUGAUGUGUUCAUUUACAUGUUGCACCAUUAAAUGUUUUACAACUUACCUCCCUCAUGCAUUAGACUUUCUAUUCCUGUUCCUUUAGUUUCAUACCCUAUCAAAGUUCAUCAUGGUGUCUCUCUACGUUUCUAAUUAUAUUUUGCCUCAUCUUUGUCAAAACACUUCGCAAGACCCCUUGUGUGAUAAGGAUGAAUUUUUUCUUACUAUUCAGUGUUUCAUUUUGUAGAACUUAGUCGUUGCAUUGAUAGACAGCUAGGACACAGAUCGAUCUGUGUUAAGGCUGAUAUUGUGAGUUGGGCUUUGCCUUACAUUCAGAGGGAACUUUUUUUAAUUUUCUUGUGUUCAAUAUUUUCUUUUCUUGCUCAUUCUCUUUGGUCUUAACUUGUAGGAAUUAGUGUUUUCUUUGAUUCCGAAUAAUCAGAAGAUGCAUUGAACGGCUGUUGGAAUAUCUCUCUUGGAGCCUCUUGUUCUUCUAGUUGAAGUUUUAAAAUGAAUCUCUUCCUCUGUUUGUGCCAAAAUCUUCAUCUCGUAUCUAUGAUUGGUGAAUCUUGCCUCAUUAUAGAGCACCUUCCUUUCCCGUGACUUAAUCCCAUCCUGUAAACUAGUGAUUGUUUUCUAUCUAUUCUCAUCCAUACACCCCAUUAAAAACUCCAGGGCCAAACAUUGGUUCAAAAACUAUUUUCCAGUGUACUUAGGUUUCAAAUACUCAGAUUUUUCGCUAAUCGAACAUACCUGCUUCAGAUUCAAGUUUGGUUGCAGACGAGAAAUGAAAGUAAAAUAAGAGGAUAGAAGGAAUAUGGACAUAAUAAGAAAGAUGAAAAAUCUGCUUCUUGAGUUCCUGCACAAUUAAGCUAUAAUGGGAAACAUGGCUCAGAAGCACUCUGGAACAAGUUCGCAUCUUUUAUUUGAAGCGUUAAAACAAUUAGUACAGUUUCACACAAAAAAUCGGUUUGUAAUUAUCUACUUGAUUUGUGUAAGACAUUCGGUUGUCAUAUCAUCACCGAAAAAUAUCCUGCUCAUUCACUUGUAUCCUUGUUUUCUUUUAUAAUUAUUUUCAAUUAGAAGAUUUUGUAAUAAAUUAAAUUAUUUUCUUCUUUCUUAAUUCAGUGCCAGUGGAGAAAGACUCUUGAGUCACACCAUCCUAUGUUAACCUUGCAGAAGCGGACGUUUCUUUUAUUACUUUCGCUAUUUUGCCCUUGUUAGUAUUCAUUUUUGAGCGUUUUAUUACAUUAUUUUGGGAUCUUUCUUUUAAACCAUAAGAAGUUCCAUUCGACGAUUUGGUAUAUUGACCGAUUCGACUUAAUUCAAUAAUUUAUUAUUUGGUCAUGUUUGAUUGAAAUUUGUUAGUUCUAUGGAAUCUACAUUUGAUUAACCUUUAAAAAAAAGUGGUCUCUACCUUUCAAUGAAACCUUUCACGUGUAGUUAUAAAAUGAAGAAAAGGAUGAAGAUGAAUAAUUAUGGAGAGAGGAUUGGUGAGGAAAAGGAAGAUGGGAUUAUGAAGCUGCCUUAAUCUUAGUGCUGCUGUUGUUGUUACCGUCAUCACUUCACUACCUGAUUCCUGUCUGUCACAGUGAUAAUCUUAUUCUUUUCUUUUUCCGAGCAUUCUUCAUUCUGUCUCACUCUUCUUUCUAUCUCCGACUUUUUUUUAUUCAACUCCUCAGAUCUGCUGCGACUGCAACAGGUUUGUUAAUAGGGUUAAGGUGCAUAAAGAGAUAAUAAAACUCCAUACUGAAUAAUCAAAUUAAUUUAGGAUUACUGACAGUGGGUGAUAUAUUACUGAAUUAGAAAGGUUUAUUUUGUUCACUAACUUUGGAGACCUUUAUGCUUUGUUGAAGGUUGUUUUAUGUCUGAAUUUAAAAGCUUUCUUUGUGAGUUCCUUGUCUCUCUUCCUAAACUUCUGUUCAGGUUAAAGGCAGCCCUUGAAAUUGCUUAAAUCGUCUGAAGAGCUAGAGAUAGUUGGAAUCUAACUUCACGUUCUGUUUCCAAUGUUAAAUCUUGGUGUCUAUUCUAGUUUUUAGGGGUAGCAAGUUUCUUCUUUUGUAUCCUUUAUGUCAAUAUCAAUAUUUACGAAAAGUCCACAAGCAGGCUUAAAGAUUUUCCACAAUAUCAAUAUUCAGUAAUCUUGCCAAGUAUGUCAGAGGAAAGCAUGCCGACCAUUCUUGUUUAAGAUCUUGUUAGAUGAGUAGAGGAAGUUCUGAUGAACGUGUGUCAUUUUUUCUGCGUGUCAUUCUAUUCACAGGUGGUAUUUCUUUUAUUUUAUAACAGUGCACUUGUUUCACCUUAAAAAAGAGGUCAAAGAUAAACUUUUUCACCACUUCUCAAAUGUGAAAUGCUCCAGAGCACUCUUUAUAGUACUAGGCUGUAGAGGUUCUUUCUUUCAUGCGGAAAGUCUGUGCAAAGGUUUCUUGGGUAUAUCUUUGCGCAGGAAUUUGAAAAAUGAGUGCAAACCUGAAACAUCUUAAGUAGUUUUAGCACGUUCCUCGUAACUUUUGAAGGUUAAAUUUUUUUGUGAUGAAGUACUAUUUAGGAUAGAAAUAGAGGCUGGUGUUUUAAUCUUAUAAUUAUUUUAACGAAUUGCAUUUCAUGACACUGCAGUACAAGUACUUUGCUGGGAGUCUGAUUUCUAUAUUCUGUCAUGAUGACAUGUCUAUCAGGUUAAGUUGCAAGCUCAUAAUACUAAGGGGAAGAAGGUGUAUAAUAAUGCUUUCCAGUGCACAGUUCGGAUAUUGAGCAAUGAAGGGGUAGGUUUUUGUGCUUUUAUUUCAUAGAUAUGUCAAUACCAUGUUUUUCGGGUUAGAAUGCUCAAUUUAUUGUCUGUGCCUCAUUCUUAGAAAUUUCAAAAAUAGUUCGUAGAUAGUUAAGAAUGGGAUAAUCUUUAAAUUUGGAAUCAGGUGGAAUACCUGUUGUGACUGCUUGCAUAUUGUUUUCGUUCUUUUGGUGGAAGAGCUGAUCCAUUUUGAUUUUUUUUUAUUUCAUUCCAAUUUAACGUGCAAAAGUCAGACUGACGGUGUUCCCAUCAAUAAAUAUGUUAAAUUUUAAGUUAAUAAUUUUUUGGUCUUUAUUAUAACUUCAUUACUUUAGUUGGCAACUUGGUUCAUCUUCCUGGAGUGGGCUUCAGUCAUUCAGUCUCUCUCAUUUUUUUGAUGUAAAUCAUUGUCUCUGAAUCCGUUCAGAUGACCAGAUUAGUUGAGCUCUUUUAAAUCCAAUGAAGGAUUGUGACCUAGAUAAUGCUGGCCUGAAAAUUAGCCUGUUGACUUGGAAUGAGACUUUUCUUUAACUACGUCUAGGUCGCCAUUUCAGGCCAGGAUAGGAGAAAUAUAUUCUGUAUCAUCGAUUAUAGUCCUCCCUAUGUGGCUGUUAUCUUUUAUCUCAGCUAGAAAAUACCUAGGGUGUUAUAUGCAGCAUCUAAUUUUUAUACUCUAAUACUUCCCCUCAAGUUAGAGCAUAGCUAUCAUAUGGUUAGCUUGUUCUAUAGACAAGAAAGGAAGUCACAGCCAGAGCUGUGGAUACUAAAUCUGAAAGAUAGUCUUCUGAGGUUGUAAAGGGAAUUACAAUCGUCUUAGACAUAAUGGGGACACAGAUGAAGUUCCAAUCACUUUCAGCAGGCUUGUUCCGUUUGUGAAUCAUAGGAUUAUGAGCUUGUUGAUGGUGUCUUGGGAAUCAUCUUGCAUGAUCAAGAUUCUCUGUAGACAACACGAGUAAUCUCUGAGAGGAUUGGGCAACUUUAUCUCACAUGCAUUAUGGACCAUAUCUCCAUCUUUAAGCUCUGCACUUGGUUGAGCCACAACAGUUUCUUUAUUACUUUUCUAUGUCACUGGAUUUCCACUAGCAUAAAUGGAAUCUCCUGAACCAAAUGUCCUGUCAAGGGAUGGAUGGCAUUGUGUAGUUGGCAUCAGAAAGAGCUUCAGGGUGUAGAUGGCUUGUAUGGUAAUAUAAGAGAACUUUACUUGGAGAGACCUUGAUAUAGUGGAUGAUCUUCACAACCAAUGACGUUGUUUUGGUUCUGCGUGAACUUAUUGACGUCUUGGCGUGGAGACCUUGUGUCCGAGAGGUCAUUUAGACUUAGUUAUGUUCAAGUUUCUAGCUCAUGUUGAAGAGGCAGAGUUAAGAGUCCCUACUGAAACAUUGUAAAUCAUUCUAUAAGCUCCUUGGUCUAGUGAAAGGGAACAACGACAGCCGCCAAUCGAAAUGCUUGAGGGGGAGACUUGUAAGUGGAAGUGGAGGAACAAUGACAUCUGGUUGGUGUUCUGACCUCGUUGGACUAAGAUGACUUGAGGAGUCCCGUGUGUAUUAUGUCAAGCUCCCCAGAAAUGAGAUCAGAGGAGUUAGGUAUCAAAAUCCGUAAACAAAUAUUUCUCCAGUUACCUGGUUGACAUUUCCAUCGAUUAUAACAAUGCAAUAUCAUCAAGUCCUGUGAAAUUAAAGAGGCCUAGACUCACAUAGAUUCUUUUCGUUGACCUUAAUACUUUGACAGAGUGGCCUAUAUCAUACUAUCAACUUAAUGGCUAGUUUCUUUGUAUAAAUUCUUGCAGAAUAUCACCUCAUGUUAGGAAAAUUAUUUCUUGUAAAUGAGAGUCCAGCUGCAUAGACUCUCAUUUACGUUAGGAAAGUUAUUUCUUGUCUAACAGUCAUUGUUCCAUGUUAACUGCAUGAAGGUGAAGUUAGCUCGAUCGCCAUCAAUACAUCUAGAUACUGGGAGAGUAAAUUUUUCCAAGUCUAGCCAUGUGAAUGGGACUAUUAGGGACACUAUCAAUGACAGGUUGAUCUCAGGUUAUUGAAGUGACGAAAUACGGGUGUUGCAAUUAAAAUGGAUCUUGAAAUUAUUGGUAAGAACAUGUAAUGAGAACAGAGAGUCAAUAAAAAUGUUGUCACCUUGAAACUUUUAUGUUAGAAGCUUUUAAGGCCAAUGACUCUAGAAGCUUGAUGUAGUGCGAUCCGUUCAUCUUGAUAAACAGUCAUUGUUAAUUGUUUGCAUAAAGCAGUUUCCAAAUCAUACUUAAAUCAAGCAUCCUUUUAGUUUGUUAUGAUCGAGAUAUCAUCUGGCAACUAUUAAUUUGACUUUUCAAAAGUACUAGUUUAUGUUAUUAAUAAAUUUUUAAGUUUCAUAUCACACGAAUGUAGUUGAGAAUUAGGAGACUUUGACCACAUAGUCUUCUCUCAAUGGCCAAAUGAGGACUUCACGGGGACAGAAUAGUAGUCCUUUAUCAAUGUUUCUCUAUCAAACAAUUCAACAUGCAAAACUCAUUGCUUGAAUUUUUGAAUAAAGCAAAUAUUUUAUUUGCUUUUUGGCUACGAACUUUUACUAUAUGCAAAAGAAACUCUACAAUUCAAAUAGGAAGUGAACAAAUAUCGAUUUUUUUGGUCAUGUUAGUAUCAUAUUUGUCCCAUGCAGAAUCAUGGAUUGCAGUGUUCUUUUAAUCUUUAUCUAUCUGCAUUGUAUACGGCUCUUGUGAUGGUUUCAACAGGUUAAAGGACUAUACAGAGGUGCAUCAUCUUCAUUUAUUGGACUGGCGUUUGAGAGCUCUCUUAUUUUUGGGAUAUAUUCGCAAAUGACUCACGCAUUACAGGUUUUCAAAACUUUGUUGUGCCCUUUCACGACUGUCAUACUGUGAAUUUCAUUAAUUUUUGGUCUGCAAUUCUCUUUCCUUUGACCAAUGUUUUUCUUAUUUUUUAUGUUUAAAUACUUUUAUAGGGAAAAACGGAGAGAAAUCUCCCACAGCUUGAGAUAAUUGUUCCUUCGGCGGGAUUUGGAGGAGCAAUAAUCAGCUUUAUAUUAUGUCCUUCAGAGCUAAUAAAAGUAUGUGUUUCUCUCCAACUACCUCGGUGUAAUUUCCCUCACGAGCGCUGACAUUUAACUCUAAGAUAAAUUAUUCAGUGUAGAAUGCAAGUUCAGGGGUGUGGCUCUGCGAUUUCUAAAUAUACACAUUACAGUGGACCUCUUGCUUGUGCUUUGCAAACAAUAAAGAAUGAAGGAGUAAACACUGCACCCAUCUCUUUUGAGACGCGCUUGCAUAAUUUUUUUUCCUGUGGAUAUUAUUCACCUGAUUGAUUUAGUCCUCAGAUCCAAGGCAUAUACCGCGGUGGCGUUGCAACUCUGCUGAGGGAGUCCAUUGGAAAUGCCGUCUUCUUUAGUACAUAUGAGUUCAGUCGUUACUACAUGCGCCCCCAUUUCAACCCCGAUUCAUCUGGGCUUACCAACCGACAGAAGCUGCUCAUGGAUGUUGGAUCCGGCAUUUUCAGUGGCGGGCUGGCUGGAAUGGCGGUAUGUCUCAGUAAGUUAGCUAAGCCUCGUGGUAGACGCUUGAAGAUUUCCGUCUCCUCAUAAAAGCGUUGGAAAUCCUGUUUGGCAGUUCUGGUCUGCUGUUCUUCCUCUGGACGUCGCGAAGACCGUGAUUCAGACUGCCCCGGAUAGAAACGCCAGCAGAAACCCUCUCCGGACUAUCCACACGGUACGUGGAUGCUCUAGUAAUGUCCACCGGGUCUCCAUCAAACUGCGUAAGAGCUGAGCUUUUUUCUGCCGGGUUGAUCUUUGCUAGAUUUACACAAGGGUUGGACUCGGAGGUUGCUAUGCCGGCCUUGGGCCGACGUUGUUGAGAGCAUUCCCUGCAAACGCUGCUGCCAUUGUUACGUGGGAGCUCACAGCAAAGGCCCUUGGUCUCAAACGCGCGCAGUUUGCCGAGGUCUGUGUGGAUACGGUCCUAUUCUCCUGA